AUGCUACGGUUGUUUUGUUUGGUGUUUUGUUUGGUGGUGAGUUUGGGGGUGUAUGCAACGGUUAGGGUUAGGGUUAGGGUUAGGGUUAGGGUUAGGGUUAGGGUUAGGGUUAGGGUUAGGGUUAGGGUUAGGGUUAGGGUUAGGGUUAGGGUUAGGGUUAGGGUUAGGGUUAGGGUUAGG